UUUGCAGAAGUGGCCCGGGACCGAAUUGUCAUUGGCGUGGAUGAGGGGGACCCCGAAGGAAGAAUCCCCAGAGCCCAAUGGAAAUGGGUGCAGGCUGCGCUGACAAAUGUGGCGGUGGAAGUGCUACUUAGCAAUCCAGGUCCGCCACCGUCAUGCACAGAUGCCGGCUGGUACCAGGGCCAGAUUAAAAUGAUUGCAUGCGAUGACGAGAGAUCGGUCGCACUAUACAAAGCUGCUAUAGCCAAGGUAGGGGAGGUGUACCCGGGCGCAAAACUAAUAGCAGUGGACAAAAAAGAGGUACCAUCCAGACCAAGGGCAAGGGUAUGGAUCCCGGCUACACCAUCACAGCCGGAUCAGAUAAUGCAGCUCAUUAGAGCCUGCAACCCGAGUCUGCCCACGGAGGGGUGGAAGUUCGUCAAGGCGUUUGACGAUAGCGUAGCAGAAUCUGGCGUGGAGACCAAAAGGGCCACGUUGCAGAUUCUGCUAUUACUAACAAAAGAAUCCAUCGAACCGCUGGCGAAAAGUGGCGGGGAGAUAAACUACGGAUUCACGAAAGUGAGAAUUACACCGUACAAGUCGGACGCCGAUGCUGCAGACCAUCUAGCAUCGGAAAGCGAUACAUGCGAAGUAGAGGAAGAUCCGGUGGAGUCCUCAAGCGAUGUAGAGAGCAUAGAGCAAGGUGAGUGUUCUUCCGAGUCUGAACUAUUAAGCGACUCUCAGGAAGACGCAGAAACAACACUAGUUAAUGCGUUUCCUACAAAUUAA